GUUAUCUAUUGUAGAUCAUGACGUACCAAUAAGUUUCGCCAUAUUUUUUCUCUAUUUGUUUAUAUAUUUGUGUGCUCUCGCCUAAGUAAAAUAUCUUUAUUUGUCGAUGAUUCAAGUAUAUGCUGUUGAUAAUUGGUGAAUAUUGCAUAACUCAAUCAAAUGUAACACAGAAUUUUACAUGAUGACAGUCUGAAAAAAUUUGUCAAUCAUGGCGUAUCCGAAUACAAUGUAUGGUUCUACUAAUUCUCAAUCUGGAAUAAAUCCGAAUAUUAAUCAAUGGUUUUCCAUGGUGGAUAAAGAUGGAAGUGGACAAAUAACAGCUAAAGAAUUACAAUCAGCAUUAGCUAAUGGUCAAGGAGGCACCUUCUCUGAUAUAGCAUGCAAAUUAAUGAUUGGUAUGUUUGAUAAAGAAAAGAAUGGCACUAUAAAUGUAUCAGAAUUCCAAGCUCUCUAUAAUUAUAUAAAUGCUUGGCUUGGUGUUUUUCGUGGUUUUGAUCAUGAUAAUUCAGGCAGUAUACAAGAAAGUGAAUUAAAUGCAGCUUUAACACAAAUGGGUUAUAGACUUAGUUCGGAGUUUAUUGAAUUCCUUAUAAAAAAGAGCGAUCUUCGUGGUCAUCAAUCUAUUACUGUUGAUCAGUUUAUAGUAUUGUGUGUUCAGAUACAAAGAUUUACAGAGGCAUUUAGAACAAGAGAUACAGAUCAAACUGGAACAAUCAGCAUUAAUUUUGAAGAUUUCUUGGGAGUAGCUCUUAGUUGCAGCAUAUAAUACUUAUUAUUUUAG